UCUCUAUAUUAGGAAGGGGGAGAGUUCUUCAUCGAGAUCCAGGACAGAGGGGGUUCGGCGGGGAGUGGGACGUCGUCGUCUUUGUUGUCUUGAAGGCCAGGUUUCCUCUCAUGCGAUCUCUGUGAUUUUGCGUCUAGCUCGCGAUUUUCUUCGAGGGGUUUAAAAAAAAAAAAAACAUGGGCUUUGCUCCGUCGGAUGAGUUGCUGGGGACGUUUGUUCCGAUCAUAGUGUAUUGGGUGUAUUCCGGGAUAUAUAUUCCGCUGGGAUCGUUCGAGAAUUACCGGUUGCACUCGAAGAAGGAGGAGGACGACAAGAAUUUGGUGUCCAAAGGGACGGUGGUCAAAGGGGUUUUUCUCCAACAGGCGGUUCAGGCUGUCGUUGCCAUCCUCUUGUUCACGGUUACUGGAGAUGAUGCAGGCGCUUCUGCAGGUUCGAACAAUUCCGUGAUUGUGUUAGCAAGGCAAUUUAUCACUGCAAUGGUGGUAUUGGAUACUUGGCAAUACUUCAUGCAUAGAUAUAUGCACCACAACAAGUUCCUCUAUAAGCACAUCCAUUCUCAACAUCACCGGCUCGUUGUGCCCUAUGCCUUUGGAGCUCUCUACAAUCAUCCCUUGGAGGGGCUUCUUCUGGACACAAUCGGGGGUGCAUUGUCUUUCCUGUUUUCUGGGAUGACCCCUCGAGCAUCCAUUUUCUUCUUCUCUUUCGCCACCAUAAAAACUGUUGAUGACCACUGUGGUUUGUGGCUUCCCGGGAAUCUAUUUCAUGUUUUCUUCAAGAACAACACAGCUUAUCAUGAUGUCCACCACCAACUAUACGGUAGCAAGUACAACUUCUCGCAGCCAUUUUUCAUCGUAUGGGAUAGAAUUCUUGGCACCUAUAUGCCAUACACAUUAGAGAAGAGAAAAGGUGGCGGCUUUGAGGCGCGGCCGACUAAGGAGUACAAGGAUGAUUGAAAUUUCCUGAUCCAGGCGCUUUGUUUUGUAACGAGUUGUUCCAUGUUUUCCGCCUCUAUGGUGCCACUUUUCUGAUAUAGUUGGUGUAUAUAUACUGCUGUGAGCUGUAUCUUCGGUCUCACUGUUCUACUACUGUAUGAAUUUUUUUUUGGAUAAUGGAAAUACUCUGGAAAGCUUGAGAUCC